CAUUGGUGUGUUAACCCGAGCAUUGCGGCGGCAUUCUUUUUCUCUGAACAUCGCGGAAUCCCGGAAACUGUGAACUGUACAAAAAUACACAGAAACACCCACGAGAAAGUCGAAUCUAGAUCCUUUUAAUGUAGCCAUACCCAUGCGAGCCAUAAUUAGCAAGUUCGUUCCUUUCUGGCAGUCGUCACAGGGCACCUGUCAGGAACAGCCAAUCGCGCGCAGACCGGUAGCCUGUGGCAAUUAUUGUGGCCAGCGAUAUCCCGCUGCGUUCUGAGUCGAAGUUUAACAAUCCCCGCUCCACGACUCGUCGACUCAUAACAUUACAUCUCAACGCGCUGCAAGGUAUCGAACGCAGUUGUAAUAGACAAAUUAGCGUGUUUACAAAUCGUAAAAGUGGUGGAAAGUUACGAGCCGUAUUCUCGUGUCGUGGAUGGCUGUGAUUAGGGCUACAUCUAGCCGUGCCUUUUCUCAUUUCAACCACGGCAAGGUCUCUGCUAAGCCUAGUUGAGUUUUCAAAGUAUGGGAGGUUGUAUUGGCCGUAAAAAAGUGGAGCCAAGUUCGACGAAUACCGGACAAAAACCGUCGCUGAGAACUCAGCGAAGCUGUGAGAAAAGCGUAAAACGUCGAGAAAUCAAAGUGAAUGCUUACGUCGAGAAAAAGUACAAUAUUAUCGCCUCUAUCGGUAAAGGUGAGUUUGGACAUGUCUUGAGAGUCGAACACAGGCAGACGAAGAUACCGUACGCUAUAAAAAUCAUCGAUAUAUCCCAAGACCUCAAAGAGAAAGCGAAUUCACAAUCUGAGUUGAGAAUUCUAAGCAAAGUUCAGCACAAGUACGUUAUACGACUGUACGAUGUCAUACAGACGCCACAUCGCCUAUACCUCGUCAUGGAUUUAGCUACAGGAGGAGAACUGAUGGACCGUAUAUGCUUGCUGGGGAAGUUUGACGAAUGUGACGCGACGUCCGUUCUCUCAAUGAUCCUAGAGGGCUUACGGUAUCUUCAUUCCAUCGGUAUUACUCACAGAGACCUUAAACCUCAAAAUAUACUUUACUAUCACCCGGGAAACGAUUCGAAAAUAAUCAUCACCGAUUUUGGUCUGUCCGCGAUGCGCGAUCGAACGAGUAACCCAGCAAGCUAUUUGAUGAAGACUGAUUGCGGAACUAUUGAAUAUAUGGCGCCAGAAGUCAUUACGCGCGCGCUGUAUACGAACGCUGUGGAUAUGUGGUCGAUGGGUGUUAUUGCUUAUAUUGUCCUCAGUGGCCGACUACCUUUCCCGCUGAACGGUAACAUAUUGUCCACCCUGCGCAUGAUUUGUUUUUGCAAGUACAGCUUCGAUGGCGAGCCAUGGAACGAUAUUUCAGACGAUGCGAAAGAUUUCAUCACCUCCCUUCUCGUGUUUGAUGCUUCAAAACGCUUGACAGCUCACGACGCUUUGGAACACAAAUGGAUUAAAACAAAGGAACACGGGAAGCUUAAUCUGCAAAGAUCUAUAAGUUCCAACUGGAAUGAUUCGUCCGUGUCCUUGAAGAACGAGAAGGGACUGAAGCGACGGGCUAGGACGACGAGGGAUAACUCGGGUAGAAACGGCAAAGGGAAAACAACAUAUGGGUCAAUUCAUAGAUCACGUGAUGAUGAAUUGCACAAGGGAUCAGGUGGGAAGAAAAGGGUUUCUACGGGGCACAAAAAUGCACACAAGUACGUCUCGGGUAAUAGCUGUGCUGAAAAGGCAAAAGACGUUUCAGGAACGUCGAGCGACUCCGGAGAAAUAGACAAGAAUCUAGCUCAUGAAAUCACCGAGAAAAAUCCGACGUGUUUGGAUACAGAAGUAAACGGCACAAACGAACUCUUAGCCGGCAAAAACAGCGCAGUUGUGCGAAGGAAGGCGUCUAAACAAACGAAGGUUACUCCUGUUGUGGUCGCCUCAGGGAAAAAAGAUAAGCUAGAACACUCAAUUGACACAAGUUCUUUGCACGAAAACACGGCUUGUUCUGGCGUCGAAGAUUGCAACAGCAACUUAGCAUUCGUGAGGAGCACGCAACCUCCCGCGCAACGCGGGGAGUCGCGCGAGGACGGCGAGACAUCCUCGAAAUGGGAUAUCGUAGUUCAAGAGAAAAAAAGUGACGUUACCGAAAAGACACCGUUGAAAAGGGCGAUGACUGUAAAUAAAAGAGCAACGUUGUUGCCACCAAUACAAUCAUCGGUCGCACCUUUUACACAUACGGUUCAGGUGGAAAAUUGAAAAUCUCUCUGGAAACGAAGAAGCUUAAUUCGUGAGCUUGGUGCAUCAGUAUGAAAGGGCAUCUUGCAUUGACCAUGAAUCCGGCCCAAACUCUUUUCACUUUUAGUAGAAGAAGGUUUAUGUCAAAAAGCAAUUAGCCUUUCUCACAGCUGAUUUUGGGAGUGCCCUUUCUGAACUAAGAGUGUGAACACUACAAAAAAUGACUUUCUACAACAAAGACAAUAAUUGAAAUUUUAAAGGAAAUUUGUCUCAAAGACAUUUUGUAAUGUUUUAUUUAUCUAAAACUGUCCACAAGCGCAGAUUAACCGUGCCUCAAAAAAUCAGGAUAUUCUGGUGAGAAUGGAUGCCUGCGUUUACUUUUAAAAAACUCUUCCACGAGCUGGCUUUUGCGUUAAUUUUAGGCCAGUUUUGGGGCGAAAAUUAUGACAACAGAAAUACGUCGUGUUUCAGCGAAAUCAACAAUAUUUCAGCAAGUUUUUUAGAGUUUGUAGAGCGAAUCCACUAAAGAGCAAAAAUAUAUCGAUGAUUAAUGUCGAAGCAUUUUUUGUAUACGUAAUUUUCACCCGCAAACCUGGUCUAGUCCUUUGAAUUAAUCCAAUAAAACUAAUUCGUGCAAGCGGUGAAUAUAGCCGUAAAUGGAAAAAAAACUCGAACAAUGCUUAGGUACUUUGUACGAGGUUAACCAGACAGCCUACGGAAUAUGCAUAGUAUAUUAAAUACGUAUGUAUUUAACACAUAUUUAAUUUUUAUUACAGAUUAUUGUAGUGUACAUUAUUUUUAUAAAAAAACAAAUAUGAUUCCAAUGUUUAUAUGUACAUACAUUAUAUGCAUGAAAUUAGCAGACGCGUCAAUUGGGUAAUUUGUAAAUAGCAACACGUGUAAAUGGGGGUUCUUCGUGGCCCAAAAAAGAUGUAAAAUAUUUUCAUGUAUAUGAAAUGGUGUAAAAUUAUAGUUUACAAUGUAAACAACCUCUAGUACUUUUCAAGAAAUGUAAUAAUAUUCGAAAAUAUUGUAAAUAAAAAUGAGUAAAUAGAAUGUAUUGUAUAUAAA